AUGUUGAGUAGUGAUUGGUUGCCGGGAAGCGGGGCGACUCGACCGCCGGAGAAGUAGCCGCAAGCGGAGGCGAGAGCCAUGGGUCAGGCGGCCAAGGUUUUACAGCUCUUUAAAACAUUGCACAGGACCAGACAACAGGUUUUUAAAAAUGAUGCUAGAGCAUUAGAAGCAGCCCGAAUAAAGAUAAAUGAAGAAUUCAAAUGUAAUAAAACUGAAACUUCUGCUAAGAAAAUAGAAGAGCUGAUAAAAAUAGGUUCUGAUGUUGAAUUGAUACUCAGAACAUCUGUUAUACAAGGUAUUCACACAGACCACAAUACGCUGAAAUUGGUCCCUAGGAAAGACCUUCUUAUAGAAAAUGUGCCAUAUUGUGAUGCACCAACUCAGAAGCAAUGACUUUUACUAAAAAAAUAUAAUUAUAAGUCUUUGUCAUUUUUUAAUUUUAAAAUAUACAACUCUAACCAAACUCCUGGAAAUGCAGAUACUUUUCUCUAAAAUGACAUAUUAAAAAUUAGUGAAUUAUAGUUUCAUAAUUAGCUUUCAUGUUGAAAGGACAUUGGUAAAAACUGUGGAACAUAGUUAAGUAUUUCUAAAGAACAUUAGGUAAGAUGACAUUUCAUUCUCAUUGAAAAUCAAACUGCAUAAAGUGAAAUAAAUGGCUAGGGAGUUAUAUUCACAUCUCUUUGACCUUGAUGAGUAUUUUGGUUUUAUCAUAGCUAUUUGAGAAUGAAGUGUUUUGACAGGUUGGUGGCUUUUUUCCCCUGUGAACUGAAACUAUUAGAUUAAAAUUACUAGAUUAAAUUAGUGUUUAGUCUCCCAAAAGAUUAAAGAGUCUAAAAGUCACAGUUGUGCCAACACUCCAUAGAAGGUGGCCUUUGUUUCCUAAAAGACUGAAAUUAUUUCUGUAGCUAACAAACAAUAAUACAGUUUCAUUUUAGAGACAGAGUAUAUCUCUGUGUUCCUAAAAGAAAACUUUGAAUCAGCCUUCUGAAGAUAGAUGAAUAAAAUGUCAAAAUCAUGUUUGAUAAAUGAAAUAAAGAAAUCCUGAUUUCUUAAGGAAAUAGUGGCCCUUGAUCAAACUAUAUAAUAGAGGCUUUUGUAGAAUUAGCUGCACUUAGACUACAGCUAGACCUUAUUGUGAAAAUAUAAUAUAUGGCUGCAUCCUCUUCAUUGUAAUCAAUAAGAUCCAAAUGGCUUUUUUUUCUUCAUCAUGUUUCAUUCCUGACAAGACUGACAGUAUCACAAAACAACUUGGAAUUCUACCAUCUAAUGGUAGGAACUACAGAAUUGUAUUUAAUAUUCUUGUUUCUCUUUUAUCUGUACAUCUUUACCAUUCUAUUUGCUCAUUGAACAGUGUUCUCUUCAUUCACUGAUCAGUUCUCCCAUUUGAUGACACAGGGUUUUUAAUUUUUACAAGAGUCUCAAUGCAAAAUGCUUUGUUUGUUGGCAAAAACAUAUUGGUAUAGCCAUACUGAAUAUAAAUGUCAUAUUUAAAAAAUUAUUUAAUUUUAGUAGGUAAAUUGUUGAAAUUAUUGUGACAUUGUACACUUAACAGUAAACCAGAGACUACCCUUAAUAUUACCUAAUAAUUUGAAGAUUAGUUAGUAUUUGAAAUGAAUUAUAUAGGUCGGAAGAUUUGUUAUGUAAUUUUUUCUCUCUCAUACAUAUUUCUUAUUGUGUGUGUGGAAAUUAAACCUACAUAAAAGUAAAAGUUGCUUCACAUUUUAGAUUUGCCCUUUUAAGAAGAUGCUGAACGUCUUCAUAAUACAAUCACUGGUAAAUUCUCUGACUUACUAUUAUUAUUACCAUUAUUAUUUCUCUAAAUGUCUGUAUUUUAUAUAUUGAGGAAAGUUAAAAUAGUUUAAUAUAUGUCUUAAUUGUUUCAGUAUUAUUUAACAUUUUUUAAAAGUUUCUAUCUAGCUUUUUUCUUUAAUCUGAAUUCCCUUGUUCUGUUCUUCACUCAUGUUAAUGUAAAUAUCUCAUCAAAAUGUAGUUCUUUAUUUUUGCAAUGUAGUUAUCAUUAGGAACAAUAGAUUAAUAAUUAACAUGUAAACUAAAAUAAUCGUUCAAAUGUUUAUUAAAGCUAGUAGCUUAGACAUUUUAAGACAUAUACUAUAUGUGUAUAAUAUAUUCAUCAUAUAUAUGUAUAUGUAUUACAUAUGUGUGUGUAUUUAUAUAUUGUGUGUGUAUUUAUGUGUGUGUGUGUGUGUGCAUUAUGCCUUUGAUCCUUAGGACUAUGCCAUAAAUUUCAUUUGUAAUAUACCAGGAUAUCAACAAUAGGUUUCACUGUCAUAAAAUGUUGAAAGAUUUGGCAUCCUAUCCUUAAAUAGCAUGUAUUUAUUAUUUCAAAUGAAUUUUAACAUUAUGUAAUAGUUUUAUUAGAUCAGUUCAAACAAUUUAUGAGAUUUUGGCCUGUUGUGAAACAAAGAUUGUCAGUACUCUAGAGAGUAAAUUUUGAGAAUAAUGAGUAUCUUAGUGCCUGACUUCUCUAUGGUACAAUGUCAAAUUUAAUUAAAUCUCUUUUAGUUAGUUUAAAAAAAACUUCCUGUGUUCCCAAAGGGAAUUACCCACAUCUAACAUUUCACUUUGACUGUUGAAACCUAUUGAAAGAAGAUGGUACAAACUCUAAUUGCAGAUAUCUAGGCUCAGAGGCCCAGCAAGACUUUGUAAAACAAUCUUUUGGCAGAAGUUAGAAAGGGUGUAUGGCAGGAGAAUCAGAUUUGGCAGGCAUGUGUGAGGAAGAAUCCUUCACUAAAGAUUUGAAGUUAAGGGAAAUAGGAGAGAGACCUUGCAUAACAUUUGGUUCAGAACAUUGAAAUAAAGACUUGAGUCUAAUUGUGUUUAACUUGGUCCUCGUUUUGCCUACAGUUGCAUAUUUUAACACUGGUACAAUGUCCAAAAAAAUGCAAAGUAAUAAGAAUAGGUAGAAUAACAAUCAUUUCCCUGUAAGCACAAAGCCAUAGGUCAACAAAGAAAUGAAAAUUCCAAUUCUUAAGCAGAAUUUUCUAAAAUGAAAGUAGAGAAAUACAAAAUUAACUUUACUAUAUAUAAGGAGUAACGUAUGAGAAGUGAAAUGGAAAAAAGAUCCUGUUUAUAAUAGCAAACAAAAUUAUAAAAUAAGAAGCAACUUAAAAAAAUAUAUAGAAUUUAAAAAUGAAAGACAUACUGUAUUCCUAGAUGGGACAGUUGAAAAUUGUGGAGACGACUAUUCUUUAAAAUGUAAUCUAUCACAAUUCCAACAGAUUGACAGAUAUGUGUACAUAAAAAUAUAGAACUUUUGUAUUCCGUGAAAACUACUAUAAAAUUUAGAGAAAGUAUUUACCAUCUAUGUAAUAUUUAAGAUAGGUAAGAUAUAACAUGCUGUUAUAACUCAGCAAAAGAUACAAGACCAUCACUAGCCCAUUUAAUGAUCAGAGAAAUAUAGGUUAAAAAAAAGGAAACAGUUUUUUCAUCAAAGUUGCAAAAGUUAAAUUGGUCAUAGGCAGUAUAAGUAAAGGUGAUAAGCAUAUGAGAAAAUGGGCACUCAUAUAUUUCAGGGAGGAAUUAAGUUAUAGAGCCUUUUUGAAAGGGAAAUUGACAUCAGAAUUUAAAAUAACCAUAUUCUUCAGUCUAUAUCCCAGUGGCUCAUAAGAAUACUAAUAAAUGUACAGUUAGGUAUAUGUACAGAAAUUUCGUUAGCAUUGUAUAUAAUUUUUUUAAUUGAAAAUAGCCUGUAUUUUCAAAACUAGGGGAACAGUGGAAGAAAAUGUGGCUCACUCAUAGUCUGGGAUAUUAUGCAGAGGUUGAAAAGUGUGAUGUAAAAAAUAUAUAUGUAUGUAAAUAAAUAUAUAUGUCAUGUGAAAGAA